CUUAACUUCCCAUGAUGCUCCGCUGUCACGUGGGCGACGGAGGCUAAACCGAAGAAGUGGGGCUAGUUUGCUUGAUUAAAUCUUGAUUUUUAGUAAAUUCGCAUCGUCGUUUCUGUAAUUGUAAAAUAUCUCAGUGAUAAAUAGCUUUCUGUUAUGCAAAGUGCGUGUAUAGCGUGGAUGAACUGUCGUUGCUAAGCGGGAAUCAUCUUAAAUAAGCGAAGACAUCCGGUGAAUGUCAAGACUACCAAAGAGAAACAAUGAUGAUGUUUGAGCUGCCAACCCACUGAGUUCUCCGAGAGAAGACAUCUGAUGAAAACUUACUGCAACGUGACUGACUGACCGGCAUGGAAGACAAGGCAAAUGGCUCUGUUGACACCAAAAGCCCAGUGGAGAACGGUCAGCUGCCGGACCCUGCCAACUGGGGGGUCGCAGAUGUCGUCAAUUACUUCAAAGCAACAGGGUUCGAGGAGCAAGCCACAGCUUUCCAGGAUCAGGAAAUCGAUGGCAAAUCCCUGCUCCUGAUGACACGUAACGACGUCCUGACGGGGCUGUCGAUAAAGCUCGGCCCUGCACUGAAAAUCUAUGAGUAUCACGUGAAGCCGCUGCAAACUCAGCACCUGAAGACCAACGCCUCGUAGCAGGACGGGCCAUCAAAACACCCACCUCAGUGACAAUCAUCGUGUCAGGAGACCACAGGUUAGAUGCCGCUUCACAAAGACUCCUCUGGCCACAGUGGCACCUUAACAGGAUUUGAAUGCUGUAUGUUUUUUAUAAACGUGGACCCCAAAAAUGGGUGCACAUGGAGUCCACUCAGCUGUUUACCCUUUCAGCCAUUCUAAUUUUUGCUGCUUGAGAUAUGUAUUUUUGUGUUUUAUUUAAAAGAAAGAAAUUUGAGGAGGAUGUGAUUUGUGUGUGUGUGUGUGUGUGUGUGCGCGUGUGUGUUCAUGUGCAUAUGUGUGUGUUUGUGUGUGUGCACAGUGAAUUAACCUAUGUUGGUUUAAAAAGAAAAAAGGUAUUUGUAUAUAAGAUGAUAUAUAGUUGAAAACUGUGUAUGUUCUGUCGUACCUGAACACUUUCACACAUGCAGAAAAUUAUUCUGCCGCAUCCUGUUUUGCCCUAAAAUCAGUUUUUAUGCUCAAAACUGCGCAGCUGAGUCCAUGAGUCAACCUUAGCAUGUAACAAUGAAGCAUUUUGUUUUCCCAGACACAAGGAGCCAACCUUUGUUCUGCACACCUUCAUUAUCUAGGCUCAAGGCUCUUGAUAUGAAAAAAAAUUAUGUGUAUAUAUUCUUAAUAUGUUUCUUACCUGUGGUGCUUUCAGCAUUUUUGCAAAGACAGUUGUAUUGAAGUGUGUAUGACUAAUGUAUAUGUGCAACAUAACACUGGAGUUUGAAUAUCUGAUUCAAAGAUUUGCAAUAAAUGGUGCUCUUUUCUCACCAAAGAAUAA